GAAGUCCUCAUCGCCUCUCCGGUCGGAUCCUUGUAGUCAGUGGCAGAACCGGCACCCUGCUGAGAUGGGUGGGGGUCCCUGAUCAUAGGGAAUCUUAUUACUCCCCUCAACUCUUGAUGCGCCAGGAUGGAUCCCAGGUUCUCCUCUUUGGCACCGGAGGGGAAACCCACAAUGGGUCCUUGUGGAGCAUAGACGUCACUAGCUUGCUCAAGGGCAAGAUAGAUAUGGCGGUCAAGUUGUCGUCUGACACACACAAAGGUUUCAUGACACCGCCAGCUCUGGCGGACAUCACCCAGGACGGCAUCGAGGACAUCAUAGUCCCCAUGUACAACUCCACACUGCUGGCCAUUGACGGAGCCAGUUAUGUGCCCUUGUGGUCUGUCAGGUUCCCAACCUCGGAAACAUACAGCACCCCGGCGGUGGGAUUCUACAAUGAUGAUGAUGUCCCAGACUUCAUGGUCAAGUACGCCCAUGGACCCGGAUAUCCGGUCUACUAUUUUUCUGAGACAACUGUCAUAGACGGCAAAACUGGCAAGAAGUUAAUUGAGCCUCCACUCAGGGACACCAUCGGCGGACAAGCCUCCCCUCUGACAAUCUCAAUGGAAGGUUUCGGCAAUGACCUCUUUCUGGUGUGGAUGGCAGAAUGCAAGGGUCACGAAGGGUCAACUGAAGAGUUCAGUUUUAUUAAAGGAACAGCGGCGUCCGACAAAAGCUGGUCCAACUUGUGCCGACUUAGAUUCGACACAGAGGGCUACUCCAGGCUCAUGGCCGUCAGUGGUCAACAUUCUAAAGCUGGGAUUCCCAUCUACAACUCUGCGGAGAGAAAGAAAGUCGAACACGACAAGUGGGUCAACACAUCAGCUGAAGCAUAUGAUUACAUCAUGAAACACCCAGAGAUCAUCGAUGGUUUUACCAACGGCUUGAAAGUAA